CCUCCUUUCUUACUUCUCUCAGCUCGCGCAUGCGCAGCGACCACCGAGACCUCGUGGGAGCAUAAUUCGGCGGUUGAGUUCAUUCGACAUAUAGCACUGCAACAGCGCUGUUCUCCCUCGCUGCCGUGCAUGCGUACUGUGUGUUCCAGAAACGUGAAUUCUUACUUAGCUUUGCUUCCAAACUCCCGUUGACGGAAGUGGCGCGCUCGCGUACUCGUAGGAACUGUGGUCGGGGACAACCUGUGUUUCUCAAAUGGCUGGCGGCAUGUUUACGCAUGCGGACAUGCGCGGCAUUUCGCGCGGACAGUGCACGUCGAUCGGCUGCGAUUGCGACGGCUUCACCCGACCGUCGUCGUUGGACGCUUGCCGCGUACAAGCCGCUGUUCUCCCGUGCGGCUGGUGCAGCUACUGUGGCCACUCACCGGUCAAUCACAGCCGUGUUGCAGAAAACAGCGCAUACGAGGAGCGGACACAGCAGGUGGACGUUUCACACUUAUCUGGCGUUCAAGAAAACCUGGAGCAGCAUUCCACGCCUGAAGCAGAUCCACACCCGGAGCCAAGUCAACAGCCAGAUGUGAAUCCACAGCCACAGCAAGAGGUGACCUGCAUUUCAGAAUCAGACAAACCUUGUCUGAAACUGGAGCCAGCAGAUUCCAAGCCUGAACGAGACUCUGAGCUAGAGCAAAGUUCACAGUCUGAGCUGUGCCCGCAGCAGGGGACAAGUCCACAGCCGGAGACGAGUCCAAAGCAAGAGCAAAGAUCACCCACACCUACGAGGAAAAGGCAUGACAAAGAGGAAGCCCUGACUUGUUCACGUAUUGUGGCACGAAGCUUGAAACGUCUGGAGGAAAAAAAGGCGGAGCUUGAAAGGCAGCGAGACUACUUAGAUGCCGAAGACAUUCCUGAUGCUGAGCUUCGGACCACUCGACUCCUCUUGGAUAUCCGCAGAGACCAGUGCGACAGCAAUCACGAGCUGAAGCAGAUAAGGCACAACAUGCAGCUGCUGUUGGACGGGCAGGCGCGAUUGGAGGCCUCGUCGAACCAGAACACACAUUCUCUGCAGCCAUCUCCAGUCAGGCUGCCGAAGAUGCCCGCAGAAACGCUGGAAGAGUUCGAAGCACUAGAGGAAGCUGUCCAAGAUGAUGAUGUGGCUGCAGCCUUGGUAUUUACCUUGUUCUUUUAUCACAGUGGUUGAAAUGUUUGCCCGUAAUCAUAUGAAAAGUGCUCAUAUGUUAUCUAGGCUUUUCUGCUUUAUUUGCUAAUAGCUUGGUUGUCGCUUUAGAGUUAA